AUGACCACACCCAUCAUCUUUCCUCUACAAACACCAAAUUAUCUGCUUUCCUUCCAAUUUUCAUCGUGGUAUCCAACAUUUUCCUCCAUCGGUAUAAAAAGCACCAUCAUCCGUCCCUUGGAUCAAGCAUUCAAGGAAUACCUCGACUCAGACGGCAUUUUCGUACCAGAAGGCUCGGAAAACCCUCCCGCAGAAAGCUCUCCUUCGGAUCAAGAAGAUGAGGACGACGACGAGGAUGACGCCGCAGUCGGACGAAUCUUCUCCUUCCCUGAUCUAGAUGAGCGGAUAAGACAAGUCAUCAAAGAAUACGGCGCAGUCUUCCCUAAGCUCAAUUUUUCUUCACCAAAGGAUGCAUCAUGGGUGCUACCACCAUCCUCGCCUCUUAAAUGCACAUCUCCAUCAGAUGUCUACAUCCUACUCAAAUCCUCAGACUUCAUAUCGCACGAUCUAAGUAUCGACACGGUGUUUGAGGGAUGUCAAUACGAUCCCUCGAAUCCACCAUCGUAUCAACUCGAGCUUGUCUUGCGGAAAUGGUAUCCUAUGGAUAGGAGCCGCGAGUUCAGGUGUUUCGUCCGUGAAGGCCGUCUCAUAGGGAUAUCACAGCGCGAUACAAAUUUCUACGACUUCAUGAACGAGUCCCAAACACAAAACAAGAUCGUAGAGACGCUUCAGCGUUUGUGGGAAGAAAAGAUCAAGUCCAAAUGGCACGGGCAACAAGAUUACGUCUUUGAUGUGUUGAUGACGCGUGAUCUGUCUCGGGGACAUGUCCUAGACUUCAACCCAUACGCACCCCGGACGGAUCCCCUCCUAUUCACGUACGAAGAGCUCUUGUCGGUCUUCACACGUGGGCUGAGCGUACCCGAGCUCCGUAUCAUUGACUCACCUUUACAUCCGGUCGCAUCGCGCAACGCACCAGCUCACCAGCACAACAUGUUGCCAAUCGAAGCCCUCGCGCUGAGUAGCGGUCGGGACAUCAACGACUUCUCAGAUUUGUGGAAGAAAGAGAUUCAGCAGUCCAUGAAUGAUGACGAUUAA